AUGGCCGACGGUGCAGCCGCUAAACCGAUGCAGCAGACUAAUGAAGAAUGGGCAGCAGCCUUCAAUGCGAACUUCGAUGCUGUUUGCCAGAGAUUCUGGGAACGGAUGCGGGAGAGAAGCUCGCACCCGGUACAGACACCAGCCACAACGGCAGCACACCGCCACUCACCCCCUCGCAAGCAUGCAAAGCAUCCAAGCAAAGCCUUGCCACUGAAAGAGCGGGUGCAGGGCACUGUGGCCCGUUGGUGGAAGCGACGGAGGGACCUGGACCGCCCCAAGACAACACACAAUAAUCAAGCAAAGGCGCCAAAUACUGCUCGUGCUGACCCCCCUCCACCCGACAGGGUCAUCGCGGCCCACAACAAACAAAGCUCCACAACCGGAAUGAAAGCCUGCAGACAUCAAUCGCCCACCGCACCGCCAACACCAUCCGGACAGAUCUACAAGGCAGAAAGACAAGCCACCCAGCCAACGACGGCUCCAGAUUACAGCCCGGACCAGGUACACCACAGCUAA